CGGAGCACCAUCAGGGGGAUUCAGCCAUCUAACCCUACCCCCCACAGCAACCAUGGCGGCCCCGUUGGCUCACUUUGACGAGGACUGGCAGGAUUUUAACGAGUUUAAGCCGUCCUCCGAGGUGCCGAACCAGCUGGACCGCCUGAACUUCAAUGCGGCCGACGCGUCGUCGGGCCUGGACGAUUUGUCCGACUUGGACAACAGCUUCUCCGGGGAGAUCUGCAGCUUCAAGUCCAUGGAGGACCUGGUUCACGACUUCGACGAAAAACUGACGGUUUGCUUCCGCAACUAUAACACCAAAACGGAAAACAUAGCUCCUGUCAAACCGAUCACGGAGGAUAAUUUCCUUAAAGACGACGAGGUGUGGAAUGCUCUGACAGAUAACUAUGGCAAUGUGAUGCCUGUGGACUGGAAGACAUCGCAUACUCGCUCUCUGCACCUGCCCAUCCUCAACCUACGAGAUAAUGAGAAGUUGGACAAUCAGUCACUGGACCUGUCAGAUGAUGAGGACCUGAGAGAGCAGAUGGAUAUGCACUCCAUCAUCGUCUCCUGUAUCAAUGAUGAGCCACUCUUUACUGCGGAACAGGUGAUUGAGGAGAUAGAGGAAAUGAUGCAGGAGUCUCCAGACACAGAAGAAGAUGAGAGUCCCUCCCAGUCAGACCUGUCCAUGCUGUCUCAGGACCUCUAUGCACUCAAACGCUCUGGCUCCAACACCAGCUACGAGAACCGGCUGCACCAGCUGUCUGUGUCUGAGUUGACAGAGGCUCUGGAGGAGGUGGAGACAACCAUCCGUCGCUACAGCGAGGAGUUGAUCCAAGCUCUGGCCCUUCGUGAUGAACUGGACUAUGAAAAGGAGGUGAAGAACAGCUUCAUCUCACUCCUGAUCGACGUACAGAACCGACAGAAGGAGCACCGUGAGCUGCUGCGCAAGAAGAAGAAAAUCCGCAGUACUACCACAGCAGGGGCCAAUGGCCAAAGAACAACCAGCACACACAUACCGGGCACGUAUCUGACCACAGUAAUUCCCUAUGAGAAGAAAGCAGGUUCCCCAUCAGUGGAAGACCUCCAGAUCCUCACCAAGAUCCUCCAUGCCAUGAGGGAUGACAGUGAAAAGGUACCCAGCCUGCUAACAGACUACAUUCUUAAAGUUCUUUGUCCCACAUAAACUCCAAGGGUGGAGUCUCACAGUUCCAGAUCCAUCUGUUGGUACAUCAGAAUCAUUUGGGGCUCUGGAACAUCCUGCCUCCUCUUCAAAUAGUGGAUUUUAACAGUGUGGCAUCUUUUUUCCCCUUUUGCCACCUUAUUCCUAGUAUUAUUCACAUUUUAACUCCAGAUAUUUUACCCAUGGUCUAUCUGUUUGCAUUUGUAAUCUCUCAUCUUCUCAACACUUGAAGACUGUUUCGUCUUUUAAAAAUUCUGUCUGCAUGUUAACUGUGUUAGCCAGUAAUCAGUAUUACUCAGCAACUUAUUUGCUGAUCACCAGUAACUGUCAAAAGAGUGAGUGACAAGGAAAGGACCGUUUGAGUUUGUUUUGAUACCACAGGCAGAUCUUGAGCGGGCUCAGAUAAGGCAGGAGAAAUGCAGACCAAUAGCGAUUCUGUUUUGUGAAUCUAAUGCAUUUGCACUGCUGCACUUCAUGCCUGAGGAGAAAAUAAAUCCUGGCAGAGUCUCUUAAUCUCAUAGGGCCAUGUCAGCAUGUCAGUCGUGGCAUCCAAUGUGAGCAGCCCCCCCCCCCUUUUUUUUUCUUCUUCGAAAUAGUAAUUGAUGGCAUAUGAUGUCUGUGAAGAUCAGAGCUCUGCCUCCUGAAGAUGAACGUGAAAAACCUCUAUUUUUAAAAUGCAGAAUUGUUGUUCCACCUGUCUUUGCAUGCUGCUUUAUACUUGAUGGAGUUGCAUUAGUAUAAUGUUAAAAUUAGCUAUUUUGUAUACUACGGUGUGAAAUUGCACAUUGACAAUUUUUUUUUCUAAUUAUGACCUUGAAAAAGGGAAAAAGAUUUAAAACUGCUAGAAAGUAAGUAGCUGAAAGAACAAACAUGUACAGCAUAAUAUUUUUGAAUAAAGAGUUGUUUUAGUGAGAUUAUGGACUGGGCGUUGUCAGUAGCUAUGUUGUGACAACAUAUUGACAUUGUUUGUAAAGGCUAGUCAUUGACCUUUGUCCCUCAAGUAGCAACCUCACCCCUCAAUGGGUUUUGCCAUAACAUCACUUUACAGAUACCUCACUCGAUGAAUCUUUUCAUUAAUAGGAAGUGAAAUAGUCUACAGUCCAUAUCAUAAUUAGAUUAUGUAGCUGGAGUUGUAUAAUGUUUUUUUUAACUCUGUAUUUGAUAUCAUAGCUUGUUGGAUUUCUGUCAUUGUCAGUCCCUUAAUGUUGUACAGACUUUAGGGAUUGUAGUGGUGUUUAAGCUUCUCAGUCAUCUGGGCAGGCCCGCCCACAGAAAUGGCUGGAACCCUGAAAAGGUUCAGUGAAUCCCCCCCCCAAAUCUGCUUUACCCAUCACCACAUGUGUGCACUCUCUAUCUCCUACUAAACACAUACUUGUAAACUAAGAGACUUACUCAGUAAUGGGGGCUACAUGGGCACCACACACACACACACACACACACACACCAUAAUAGAACUCUUAGACACACUUAAACACACUAAGGUCAACAAAGAUCUUCUACACUUACACCACAUAUUUCUACGAAGAAAAUGCAAUUUCUUACUGUAUGACUUCAUCUUUGCCUCUUGUACAGCCAUCUUCCUUGUCUUAAUGGAUGCAAAGUCCUUUAUAAUGUCAUUAGCGUCUACCUGUUUUGGCAGUUCACACUCAAUGGCAAGUAUUGUCAUUAUCAUUGUUUAUAUUUAGGAUGAACAUUAUUGCUGGCCUCCGUGGGCCCCCCUAGCAACUGGGCCCCAGAAAGCCCCCCCCCAUGGACGGCCCUGCAUCUUAGCACACCCAGUAGUAGAAAAUGUGCUUAGUGUUAGAUCUAAUUGCAGGGGAUUUUGCUAGUAGUGCACAACUGUAUCAAGGCUAAUGAAUUGUUAUCAUGAAUGAUAAAAAGUGUUUUCAUGCUUAUCAUAGUCCAACUUUACACCUUUAUAUUGAUAAUCAAGGAAAUUUUUUAACACAAAUUAGUUUUUUAAAUUGCAAAUCUAAUUAUCUGAAAACCUGACAACUGUGCACCAUCCUAAGGCAGCAUAUCCACCACGUUUUCAGUGAGUUCAGCACAUAGCUUUCUGAUCACUCUCAAAUGAGCUACAAGCAAACAGCUGUGUCUCACUCUCAGAUCAGGUCUAGUCUAACUCUCAGGUACACUUUACUGCCAUAGUCAUUGAAAAUCCUUUUGAAGAAUCCACCAGUUUUGGUACGGACAUUCCUUAGCAUUUCUUGGUAAGCGUUUCCAGGAACAUUUAAGCUGCUAGAUGUCACGGUGCUGUCAUGAACUAAUGACUUGAUACUUCUGUGUUAAAAAACACUAGUUGGAAAUUUCCCUGAAAAACAUAAGGAACAGCCUUAAGUUACCUUGUAAGCACUUGACUAAGUCAGGGUGGCUUUAUAGUUAAUUUGUUGUUAAAAGAUACUAUAGUCAAAACUUGGCUGUUGUAAAAUGGGACUAGCUUAGGUGAAAACAUGAGUGUAAGUUGAAGAUUGGUGCCCUAAGUCUUGGACCUAAAGUAGAAAUGGUUUUAGUAGCACCUGAAAAGACCUCGUAAAGGGUUUUUGUAGCAUCCGCUUGACAUGGAAGCCAAGUUUGGAUAAUGUGGUUGCAGCUAAGUCAGCUGAACAUAGUGUGUAGUGAGCAUAGCAUCUUGAUAGAGAUAAGAUUAGUGAUUAGUCUGUUGGAGUAUUGAUCAUAAUAACAAAUACAGUUAGACAUUGAUUUGCAGUUUCAUAUCUGUUUUCCUCUCUUGGUUGACUACAAUUUUGGUACAAAUUCUAAUUAUGGCUCUUUUGCUUAUGGCAAAAAGGAAAUGGCAAAGAAGAUGUAAGAUAGGAGGAUUAUUAAAGAUUGAAUGGAUGUGAGGAAAGUUUGCACAAAGGGUUUCUAUUUGAGGGCUUUACAGUUGUUUUAUUUGUAAAGGAAGACAGAAAAGCUUGUAGUUCUGUGUACCUAAUUUAUAUGUAACUUAUUUCUACUGUCGUCGGCGUCCAAAGCACUCGCCACCAUAUGCUGCAUGCUCUUUAAAUCUACAAACACUUCUCAGCGGCCGAUAUGAUUUCAUGCAGUAGUGUUAAGGAUACACAAAAGGGACAUGCACACAGCAAUGAAAUUCGGAGAGCCCCAAAACAUGUUGACAUUUCAAGUUUUGGAGAGGUUUGUGUUGUUGCUCAGAGCCAGGUGGACUCGGCAGCCUGAUGAAGGCUGUUUGAGUGCUUGGGUACGCAAGAUGCCAGAGGGCAAAGAGAAACGGCAGGAGGCCUGGUGGCACUGGCACAUGUUUGCUUUGAGACAAGAUCAUCCCAUGAUGCAUCGCUACAAAUUUUAGUUUUAAAUAAAAUUCUCUGAAAUUGGUACAUAACACCACAUUUGAACCCAUCUCGGAACAAGUCUUGGGAAAGUGCCGCGGUGCAGUCUUGCAGAUUUGUGAAGCCUCUUGUCUCAGGCCAACGCCACUUCCUUCCCAUCUGAUGAUGUUGGAGGACAUAUCACAAUACCACGCUUUAGAGAUUUAUAUUUAUACAUUAUACAACUAGCAUUAAAAAGAGGCUGCCUUAGUAAAAGUCUGACAUAUUUUGUAUAUUAUAUAAUCUGUUUUUAAUGCAAUGUAAUUCUUCCCCAUUUUGGAUUUUCUAUGUUUACUGUCCCAUGUUGUGCGUACUGCAAUGCAUUAAUUUAUUAAGUAAAUGUUUGUUUUUUAACCAUACUAUUGACUGUAGUGGUACAUGUGUUAUGUGCCCAAAAUUGCAUUGUGGCUCACUUCAAAUAAAUAUUAAAACUGC